UAUUUACUAGCGGUGGUCUCGGACUGUUACAAAUGGUAUUAGAAUCGGACACUGAACAAUGUGCCAACAACGAGGUGGAUUGUGAGAUCCCAUAUGGAUUGGAGAGGGAAAAAAAAUGUUAAGGGUGAAAAAACUUCUCUCUAGUAAAUGCGUCAUUGACGUUGAUACGGAUCAAAACGGACAAUAUUUAGGUGGCUUUGGGCGGAAGUUGCCCAAGUAUUGUGCAACUAACUCCAAUUGCGUACACUAAACAUUUGAAGCAUACAAGUUGCAGGUUCGUUUACUUGGUUAUUUGUUAUCCAAAAUGUUUUUCUGCAGGUAAUUGCUUAUCAUUGUGGUUACAUGCCGACUUGUUUGGUGCCCAUAUAUCUCAGAGGAACCACAAUAAGAAAUGCGGCCUCAUCUACAACUUCAAGCAAUGAGAGGAUGAGGCAUAGUCGCUGCGAUGCCCACAAUUUUUUUUACUCUUUUUUAUGUCAUAUCUUUCUGAUGUCCAUGAGCUGCUGGGCUUUCGGAAAUGAAUCAGAUCGCUUGGCUCUACUCGACUUGAAAAGCAGAGUGCUCAAUGACCCACUCAAAAUCACGAGCUCUUGGAACGACUCCAUGCAUUUUUGUGAGUGGGAUGGUGUGACUUGCGACUCUAGCAUUACAAGAGUAACGGCGUUGAACUUGGAAGGUCGACAGCUGAGUGGUUCCAUACCACCUUCUUUGGGAAAUCUUACUCAUCUCACUGAAAUCAGAUGGGGUGACAACAACUUCCACGGCCCAAUUCUCCAAGAGCUUGGUAAGUUAUUACGACUGCGCCAUCUCAAUUUAUCCUUCAAUAACUUUGACGGCGAGAUUGCAACGAAUAUAAGUCACUGUACUGAGCUUGUUGUUUUGGAGCUGAGUCUCAAUGAGCUUGUUGGUCAGAUUCCAAACCAGUUCUUCACGUUAACCAAGUUGAAACGACUCGGGUUUGGCGGUAACAAUCUCAUCGGAACUAUCCCACCUUGGAUAGCGAACUUCUCUUCCUUAUUUGCUCUGUCAUUUGCACUCAACAAAUUUCAAGGCAAUAUUCCUAGUGAACUCGGACGCCUUUCUAAAUUGGAACACUUCAGCGUUUAUGGGAACCAUUUGACAGGCAUUGUGCCGCCUUCCAUCUAUAAUAUAACCUCUCUUACUUACUUUUCUCUUACUCAAAAUCGACUUCAAGGAACUCUACCACCAGAUGUCGGAUUUACUCUUCCUAAUCUUCAGGUCUUUGCCGGUGGUGUCAAUAACUUUGGAGGCCUGAUUCCGACAUCCUUGGCUAACAUCUCCGGUCUUCAGGUCAUAGAUUUUGCUGAGAACAGUCUAGUUGGAGCGCUACCGCAUGGCUUGGGGAGCUUAAAUGAGCUGGUGAGAUUCAAUUUUGAUGACAACAGACUUGGAAGUGGGAAAGUUGAUGACUUGGAUAUAAUCAGGUCCUUGACUAAUUGUACUAGUCUACGCGUUCUGGGUCUUGCUGGAAAUCGCUUAGGAGGAGUGUUGCCUCCAUCUAUUGCCAACCUUUCCAACCACCUCACAAUUCUAACCUUGGGGAGUAACUUGUUAAGUGGAAGCAUUCCAGUAGGGAUUGAAAACUUGGUUAACUUACAAGUUCUUGGAGUAGAAGGCAACCGUGUGAACGGUAGCGUCCCGUCCAGUAUUGGGAAGCUUCACAAGUUGUCUAUUAUUAAUUUGAAUGGUAACAAGUUAACAGGAACAAUUCCAUCCUCCAUGGGUAAUUUAUCUUCAGCCACCAAGCUUUUCAUGGAGGAUAACAGGCUUGAGGGAAAUAUACCUCCAAGCUUGGGACAAUGCAAAAGCCUCCAAGUUCUUGAUCUAUCUGGUAACAAUCUAAGUGGCAGCAUACCCAAGGAAGUUCUCAAACUCUCUUCCCUUUCAGUCUAUUUAGCCUUAAACAACAACGCACUUACUGGUCCAUUGCCAUAUGAAGUGGGUGAGUUAGUUAGUUUAACAUUGUUGGAUGUAUCGCAGAACAAAUUAUCAGGUGAUAUUCCCGACAACCUUGGCAAAUGUAUUAGCAUGGUACGCUUGUAUUUGGGAGGUAACCAGUUUGAGGGGACAGUUCCUCGAUCUUUGGAAGCUUUGAAAGGUCUAGAAGAACUGAAUCUCUCAAGCAACAACUUGUCUGGGCCAAUUCCUGAAUUUCUUGGCAAGCUUUCUUCACUCAAGUUUCUUAAUCUAUCCUAUAAUACUUUCGAGGGGAAGCUGCCCAAAGAGGGAGUUUUUUCCAAUUCAACCAAAUUCUCCAUCCUCGGAAACAACAAUCUAUGUGAUGGCUUGCAGGAAUUGCAUCUACCUCCGUGCAAAUCUGACCAAACCCAUUUUUCCUACAAGCUUCUAGCACCGAAAGUGUUGAUCCCCGUAGUAUCUACCCUCGCUUUCAUAGUUAUUCUUUUGAUCUUCCUAUCUGUACGUUUUUUGAUGAAGAAGUCAAGAAAUGUUUUGACUUCAUCUUCCUCUACGGACUUAUUACCACAAAUUUCUUACUUGGAGCUGAAUAGAUCAACCAAUGGAUUUUCUGCAGACAAUUUGCUUGGUUCAGGUAGUUUUGGUUCUGUGUAUAAAGGUGUUCUUUUGAAUGAUGGAUCAGUUGUUGCUGUUAAGGUUCUUAACCUUCAACAACGUGGUGCUUCCAAGAGUUUUGACGACGAAUGCAAAGCUCUCACAAGCAUACGACAUCGAAACCUCCUUAAGAUCAGAACCUCUUGCUCAAGUACAGAUGAAAAGGGGAAUGAGUUCAAAGCUCUAGUCUUUGAUUUCAUGUCUAAUGGAAACUUGGAUGGUUGGCUUCACCCCACAGAUAUCGAGAAGGGUCAAAGAUUGAGCAUUAUUCAGAGACUGAACAUUUCCAUUGAUGUUGCCAAUGCAUUGGAUUAUCUACAUAAUCACUGUGAAACGCCCAUUGUUCAUUGUGAUCUAAAGCCUAGCAAUGUGUUGCUGGAUGAUGAUAUGGUAGCUCAUGUUGGGGACUUUGGGUUAGCUAGAUUUAUCCUGGAAGGGGCAAAUGAAUCCUCUUUUGGACAAACCAUGUCACUUGCACUUCAUGGCUCUAUUGGAUAUAUUCCUCCAGAGUACGGAAGUGGAGGCAGAAUUUCAAUUGAAGGAGAUAUCUUUAGCUAUGGAAUUCUUCUAUUGGAGAUGUUCAUUGGAAAAAGACCCACAGACAACAUGUUUAGCGAUGGUGUGGACAUUCAUCUAUUCACAGCAAUGGCAUUGCCUCAUGGUGCGUUGGACAUAGUUGAUCCUUAUUUGCUAUCUCAACAGACAUGCCACCAAGAACAGGGUGAAGAAAAAAUACAAGAAAGAGCAAUAAUGAUUGAGGAAGAUCAUACAGAAAUAGAGCAAAGAAGGAUGGAAGAAUGUGUAGCAUCAAUAUUGAGAAUUGGGCUGUCAUGCUCCUCAAGAACACCUAGAGAGAGGAUGUCCAUGAGUGUGGUGGUUAAUAAGUUGCAAACAAUUAAAAGCUCCUUUCUCAAGUGGAAGGAGAUCCGACAUUUCCCUGCAAGACGAAGCACGAUUGCAGCAAGGUUAAUAGGAUUCUGUAUUCCGAUGAUCGGAAGUCAUUGCUUAAACGCGCGUGAUGAAGUAAGGAUUAUGAGUGUCAAGUUGUACUCGGAAGGGGAGGGAGAUGAUAGCAAUGGGGAGGCAGUGGUAGUGGGGUUGGAAAACAGAGAGAAGGGGAUGGUGGAAGAUAGUCGCAGCAGGAUAGGCCAGGAUUUCUUCAAUACCAACAAGAUGUUUCUCUAUGAUAUCUUUUUGUUGUCUCUAAUCUCAGCUUUUGCAAGCAUACUCACUAGGGGAGAUGAAUGGGAACGCUUGGCUCUGCUUGACUUGAAAGCCAGAGUACUCAACGACCCACUUAAAACCAUGAGUUCUUGGAAUGAUUCCACGCAUUUCUGUGACUGGACUGGUGUCACUUGCAAUUCCACCAUUGGAACAGUAGUGGGUUUGGACUUGGAAGCUCGAAAUCUGACUGGCUCCAUACCCACUUCUCUGGCAAAUCUCACCCACCUCACUGAAAUCAAAUUGGGAAGCAACAACUUCCAUGGCUCAGUUCCCCAAGAGUUCGGUCGGCUACAGCAAUUGCGUUUUCUCAACUUGUCCAACAACAACUUCGGUGGUGAGAUUCCGACGAAUAUAAGCCAUUGCACUGAGCUCGUUGUUUUGAUACUCAAUGCCAACAGGUUUAUAGGUCAGAUUCCAAACCAGCUAUUAACGUUAACCAAGUUGAACCAACUAGAGUGUAACUACAACAAUCUCAGCGGAGCUAUCCCAUCUUGGAUAGGGAAUUUUUCCUCCAUGUUUAAUUUGAAUCUGGGGCGGAACAAUUUUCAAGGAAGCAUUCCCAGUGAGCUAGGGAGACUACCAAGAUUGAAAUUCUUCGAAGUUUAUGAGAACAACUUGACAGGUAAAGUGCCCCCUUCAAUCUACAAUAUAACUUCUCUGGUUGACCUGACACUCACUCAAAAUCGACUUCAAGGAUCUAUACCCCCAAGUAUUGGAUUUACACUUCCCAAUCUUCGGAUCUUCCUAGGUGGUAUGAAUAAUUUUAGUGGGUCUAUUCCUACGUCCUUUGCUAACAUCUCCAAUCUUGAAUUGUUAGAUAUAUCUGAAAAUAGUCUCACUGGAAUGAUACCUCAUGAGUUGGGGAGAUUAAAAGACUUGCGAGUACUCAAUUUUGAUACCAACAGGCUUGGAAGUGGGAAAGCUGGUGAUCUAAAUUUCAUCAGUUUCUUGGUUAAUUGUACUAAUCUAAUGGAUUUGGGUCUAAUUAAGAAUCGUCUUGGAGGAGCACUGCCACCAACCAUUGGAAACCUUUCGGACCGCUUGAUAAGGAUAACCUUGGGUGAAAAUAUGUUAAGUGGAAGCAUUCCUAGUGGGAUUGAAAACCUGAUUAGCUUGCAAAUUCUUGGAAUGGAAUACAACCAUCUGAAUGGUAGAAUCCCUCCCAGUAUUGGGAAGCUUCAGAAUUUGGGUUGGUUGUACUUGGAUGAGAACAACCUAACUGGGCCAAUUCCAUCCUCCAUUGGUAACUUAUCUUCAAUCUCUAGGCUUUACAUAGACCAUAACAGACUCGAGGGAAGUAUACCGCCGAGUUUAGGACGAUGCAAAAGCCUCCAAGCUCUUGAUCUAGCUCAUAACACCCUAACUGGCUCUAUACCCAAGGAAAUUCUUGGCAUCCCUUCCCUUUCAGUUUACUUAGGCUUGGACCAUAACUCACUCACUGGUCCAUUGCCAUCUGAAGUUGGUAACUUGGUUAGUUUGAGUGAACUAUAUGUAUCAGAGAACAAACUGUCUGGUAAUAUACCCAGCAAUAUGGGUAAUUGUAGGAGCAUGGAAAGCUUGUCUCUUGAAGAGAACCAGUUUACUGGAAUUAUUCCUCCAUCUUUCGAAGCUUUGAGAGGUCUGGAAGAACUAGAUCUAUCAGCCAACAACUUGUCUGGGUCAAUUCCCCAAUUUCUUGCCAACCUUCGCUCACUCAAUUACCUCAAUCUAUCCUAUAAUAACUUGGAAGGAAAAGUGCCCAAAGAAGGAGUCUUUUCCAAUUCAACCAUGAUUUUCGUCCUUGGGAAUAAGAAUCUAUGUGAUGGGCUACCGGAAUUGCGUUUACCUCCGUGCAUGCCUAACCAAACACAUUUGUCCAAUAAGCGGUUUCUAGCAUCAAGGGUGUUAAUCCCCAUAGCAUCCGUUGUCACAUUCACUGUUAUAUUGGUGUGUAUCAUUUUUGUGUGUUUUGUGCUUAAGAAGUCGAGGAAGCAUGCCUCAACUUCAUCUUCUUCAAAGGGGUUUCUACCACAAAUUUCUUACUUGGAACUCAGUAAAUCAACCAAUGGAUUCUCUAUUGAAAAUUUCAUUGGUUCGGGUAGUUUUGGCUCUGUGUAUAAAGGCGUUCUUUCAAAUGAUGGAUCUAUUGUUGCUGUUAAGGUUCUAAAUCUUCAAAAACAAGGUGCUUCCAAGAGUUUUGUUGAUGAAUGCAAUGCUCUCUCGAACAUACGACAUCGAAAUCUGCUCAAGAUCAUAACAUCUUGCUCGAGUAUUGAUGUACAGGGCAAUGAAUUUAAAGCUCUAGUCUUCAAUUUCAUGUCCAACGGAAAUCUUGAUUGUUGGCUUCAUCCUGCAAAUCAAGGCCACAACCAAAGAAGGUUGAGUUUCAUUCAAAGAUUGAACGUUGCCAUUGAUAUUGCCUGUGGAUUAGAUUAUCUCCAUAAUCAUUGUGAAAUCCCUAUUGUUCAUUGUGAUCUAAAGCCGAGCAAUAUAUUACUCGACGACGAUAUGGUUGCUCAUGUAGGAGACUUUGGGUUAGCUAGAUUCAUGUUGGAAGGAUCAAAUGACCCAUUAUCCUUCAGCCAAACCAUGUCAAUGGCACUCAAGGGUUCUAUAGGCUACAUCCCUCCAGAGUACGGGACUGAUAGCAGAAUCUCCAUGGAAGGAGAUAUCUUCAGUUACGGAAUACUACUAUUGGAGAUGAUGAUCGGGAAAAGACCCACCGACGACAUGUUUGGGAAUGGAGUGGGUAUCCAUUUGUUGAGUAGAAUGGCAGUACCUCAAGAUGCCAUGGCCAUACUCGAUCCUUGUAUGCUACCUGAAGAAACACGUGAAGAAGAAGAGAAGGAAGAGAGAAUAGAAGAAAUGGUGAUAAUGAGUGAGGAAGAUGGUACAGAAAGGGUACCAAGAUGGAUGGAAGAAUGUGUAGUGUCGAUGCUGAGAAUCGGCAUAUCGUGCUCCUGCAUUGCACCUGCAGACAGAAUGUCAAUGAAUGUUGUCAUCAAUGAAUUGCAAGCAAUUAAAAGCUCCUAUCUCAAGUUUACUAAGCCUCGUCCAAGGUAUCAUAAACAUCAGUUUUCCCGAGCUUGACACCCAAAUUACUGCCUAUUCUUCCCCCCCGUUGUUCUUCGACCACUUACCAAAGAUAAGUAUUUUAAAUAUGAUUUAUGUAUUGGUCACACUAUUUUUUUUGUGAAAAAAUUUAUUUAU